CCCCUGCAGAUCUUGAACUUCUGUUUGACUGUCGUGAGGUUACAAGUGUGUGCCAAUGAACGGGUUAAUGUGACGUUGAGUUGUGAGGACGCCAGUACAGUCAGCGUGCAGGUGGCGCUGAAACUAGUGGCGUCUCCGCUGUGGAUGCUACACUUGUACACGGACAUCUUUGGAGGAGUGUGCCGGAGCUCGGAUGUGACUUCUAUUGUGUUUGAAGAGGACGCUCGUCAGUGACGUGACUUGCCAAAGUCCAGCGGAGAGCGGGAGAAGCGGCACUGGGAGAUGAACGUUACCGGGAAACAACACCCCCAGUUUAUUGAACGACCUGCCAGUCUUUUUCCACCCACAUCGUUGAAAUCUGGAAUUGCUUUGCUGUACAAUGAGGAGACCACCAAUUCCUAUGACGUCUGCCUGAAACUGACCAAUGAGGUAUUAACUAUACAGAAGCUGGACGUGGUUUGCACUGGGGGAAGUGAAUCUCAAGUAAAUUACAGAACUGUCGUACUCCGAAGACAGGAAACUGGCUGUCUGGGAUUAAGCAUCAAAGGGGGUGCUGAGCAUAACGUGCCUGUGGUUAUUUCCAAGAUAUUUAAAGCUCAAAUGCCGCCCAAGAUGAGUCCGACAGUGGACCAGGUGGGGAAGCUGUUUGUUGGUGAUGCCGUCUUGCAGGUCAAUGGCAUAAACGUGGAGCACUGUACUCAUGAACAAGUUGUUCACCUCUUGCGCACGGCUGGAGAUGAGGUCAUCAUCACUGUCCGCUAUCUACGGGAGGUUCCAUCUUUUCUAAAACUUCCUCUUGGUUCUUCAUCUGCUGAUAAUAGCGGUGAAUCCUCGUCACUCUUUGACUGCGGCUCGCAUUUCAAUGGCAGCAAAAGAGGCACGGCUUCAUCACCUCCUUCACCCUCAGCUAAUGAACCAAAGUAUGAGAAACGCUGGAUGGAUGCUGUCUCCCUGCCCUUGUUGAUGGCCAGAGUCUCCAGAUAUAAAGCUGGCAUGGAUAAAUUAAGGUCCAACACUUUUGAAGUACUUGCCUUGAAUGGAUCCACAACCAAUAUUCUUCAAUUUUGCAAUGCAGCUGAAACCACAGACUGGCUCCAAGCAAUAUCAACAAAAAUCAGUGACCUGACCCUGGAAAAUAUGAAGUUGGUCAACAAAUACAGUGCUUCAGAUGAUCAGAUUGUUCACAUGGGUUGGGCUUGUGAAAGUUCAGACAGGAGGGGUGCUUCUCGAAGACAAUCUUUUAAAUUCCUGGCAAUGAGAGGACCAUAUUUUCAUAUCUUCAGCAGCCCCCCGCUUAGUGCUGCUGACUGGGGACAAGCGGAAAUAUCAUAUAACCUCUGCGAGGUUCUAUUCAAGGUUCACAAGCUGUGGUUGACAGAGGACUGCUGGCUUCAGGCAAGGCUGUACUUGGGCCUGGAGCAUCCACCUGACCAGCAGGACACUGAGUCUCUGUGCUUCAGCAUUCUCAUCAGCCACGGACAGAGCCACACCUUCAGAGUAGAGCUGUCCUCUGACUUGGCUGUCUGGGAGAAGUCCUUCCAAAGAGCUGUCUUCUUGGAAGUACAGCGAAUGCGACUCCCAGUAUGACAGGCAGAGGGAUCCAUACAGCGUGACAGCUCUCGGCAGAGGAGGACCAGCUGGUUGACGUGUCUUCUGACUCCACCCUGGGGUUGAGGUUUACGUCACAGACACUUAGUUCUGGCUUGGUGUGCAAAGGGAGUAUCCGAUCAUUGGACAGAAAGCUGUGAACGUUCUACUACCUUUUUGCAACAUCCUAUCUCUGUGAGAUGACCUUUUCUACUGUGGCAGCAAUAAAAACAAAGCACAGAUCGCUGCUUAACAUUUAGUGAGAGUUAGGAGUAGCAAUAUGAAGUUUGAAGCCCAGGUUUGAAAGGAUGUGCAUUGCAAAAAAGGGCUCACUGCAACCACAAAAUACCAGCACACUCAUCUCCUUCCCAAAUAUUUGCACAAUGUCUUUUUUUCUUCUAUAUUUACUGUGCAGAGUGUUAGCAAAUGGUAUCUAAGUUGAAUGUUGAUUAUUCAUGCCUGUUGAGUGGGGCGCACGGAUGAUGGCAUGUAAAUGUUGUGGUUACCAAGGGUUACAGUGUGGUUAGUUUGAGGCGACACGUCCCCUCUAAAGAGCAUAAGUUUGUGAGUUUUUGUCCUGUAAAGACUGAUUCUAGACAGCCUACCCCUCGGAUGCUACACUCGAUUCAGUCUGCCUGUGAUUUCAUCGCCACGCUUUAUACUAGAUUUAUACUUUUCACAUCGAAAGUUAAGCCCAACUUUAAGCCUUUUAAACUCAUGGAUCGGAGCUUCAGGACAAGAUAAGAGGUAUGUAGGAUAUAAAUUCACUUUACGAUCUAUAUGCAGGUGAAAUUUCGUUAAAAUCCGAUGGUGCUAAAUAUGUUCAUUUUGCCCCGGAUUUACUGUGUACAUGCAAUUUGUCGUGUGGCGUGUGUAGUGAGGCCUACGUGGACUUUUUGAUGAUCAAAAAAAUGACUUUUAAAACAAAUGUUGAUGUUAAUAAAUGUUGUUAUAUAUUUUGUAGUACGGUUGUACUUGCCAAGGUCCGUGGGUCGAUCACAGCUUUUGUCUUGACUCAAUUUUCAAGCAAUGGGAACCAAAGUUACUAUUUCCCCCUAUGAAAUUUGCUCUAACUUCUUUAAUACUUGGAGUAGAGAAGUGAAUGAGUUAUCAAAUUGAAGUUCAAGUCAUGUUUUAUCAGGUAGAAUUAAUCACAGACCUAAUUUAAUUCAACCUGUUCAUUCAUUCAUUGCAAAUUGAAGUGUUGUGUUUGCAUUGCAUUGCAAUGCAUUUGCCAUUAAUUGCUGUUUAUUUGUUUGUUUAUCAAGAUCAAGUGAGCUUUUACCCUUCGACCCCACUGGAGGUUUCUGUCCUCCCUGAGCUCGCCUGGGAGCAUUUUAUGGCCGCACGGUGGCCAA